UUUGGUCUUCUUCCUGCAGAAAGGUCGCAAUUUGCAAAACGCUGCGAGCCUGUGACUUGACUAAACUGUAAACUGUAAACUGUAAACUGUAACCGAGUGAGUGUCUAUCCAUCAAUCCCAUCAAAAACAAUGAGCGUUUUUUCUCGGGUUCAAUCCAUGGCUGCCACUAUUCUUGUCAAUCCAAACAGAGGAUUGUUAUCAAACGCUGUUCCUAAUCGCAACUUUCUCUUUCUUCAAUGCCCAACGUUCCGUCCAUUUUCACUCUCCUCAUCACCAAUUCCUUCAGACGUAUGCCAAGUAACUCACGCUACAAAGAAUGACAUGGAUGUAUUACUUAAAGGAAUUAGUGACAGAAGUCUUGUUGAACAGAUCAAGCACAUUCUUGAUAUGGCAAAUCGGGCUUCGUUGAGAAGAGAAGUCCUGCAUACAGAUUUUCUUACCCCACCUAUAUUGAAUGAGGCUAUGGCAGCCUUGAAAAAAUUAGCUGAUGUGAAUGCUAUUCCUAAUGGCGGGUAUCUCGAGGCAGAGCGGUGUCGACUUUCAGUUGGGCAUCCAGAAGUUCUUAGAACUGAUCCUGAUACAGUUGCAGCAUUAAGCAUUACAGGAAACUUCGGGUAUCAACCACCGACCCACGGGGACUUCCUUGGCUCAAUUUUAGGCACAGGGAUUGCCAGAGAAAAGCUUGGAGAUAUCCUCCUUCAGGGCGAAAAGGGUGCUCAAGUUCUUAUUGUUCCCGAGCUUGUUGAUUAUAUGAUUUCAUCAUUGGAUAAGGUUGGAAAGGUUCCUGUCUCCUGUACAUUGAUACCGUUGGAAGAGCUCGAGUAUGAACCACCAAGCACCAAGACACUAAAGACUGUAGAGUCUUCACUGAGAGUUGAUGCUAUAGCUAGUGCUGGAUUUAAAAUUUCACGGUCAAAAUUUUCUGACUUGAUAAGCAAAGGAGAUGUCCGCAUAAACUGGAAUACCGUGACGAAAAAUGGAGCUACACUUAGGACUGGUGACAUGGUCUCAGUCAGUGGAAGUGGGAGACUGAAGUUGAUCGCUUUGCAGAUCGGCGAGAUAAUUACAACAAAGAAGGGAAAAUAUGCAGUUGAACUUAUACGGUAUCUGUAGCGAGCUUUGACUGAUAUAUGACUGUAUUUGAAGGUAUUAAAGUGAUAUACACAAAUAUUUCAAAUAUGUUGUUCAGAGGGGUUUACUUUCCAAGUUUCCAGUCAAAUCCAUCACGUCUGAUCAUAAACUCUGGUAAAUUCUAGAGUACUCGUCGUCUUUUAGUAUAUUGCAAAUGCUUUAUUCAUUUUCA